AGCUAUUGCACAUCCACCUUUGCCUAGCAUGACCACACUUGAAGAUAAGGCUAUUUGGGACAAGGCUACUGAGGACAAUGAAGAAUUCGCUGAUGUUGGCGAUGACAUCCUGCGUGCCUCUACAGACGAGAUAGCUAACCGUACCAAACUUCUUGAAAACGACCUCAAGAUUAUGAAGUCGGAACAGCUCCGCUUGCACCAUGAGCAAAAGGCCAUUCAGGAGAAGAUUAAAGACAACCAGGAAAAGAUUACUUUAAACAAGCAGUUGCCCUAUCUGGUCUCCAAUAUUGUCGAGAUUUUGGAUAUGGAUCCCAAUGAAGAGCCCGAAGAAGAUGGUGCAAAUAUCGAUCUUGAUGCUCAUCGCAAAGGAAAGUGUGCUGUUAUAAAGACUUCUACUAGACAGACUAUUUUUUUGCCAAUGAUUGGCCUUGUUGACUCUACCAAACUCAAGCCAGGUGAUCUUGUAGGCGUCAACAAAGAAUCCUAUCUUAUCUUGGAUACUCUUCCUGCCGAGUACGAUGCUCGUGUCAAGGCAAUGGAAGUCGAUGAGAAGCCUACAGAAGACUACAACGAUGUUGGUGGUCUUGAUAAGCAAAUUGAAGAAAUGGUCGAGGCUAUUGUGCUACCCAUGACUCAGCGGGACCGAUUCGUUAAUCUUGGCAUUAAACCCCCCAAAGGAUGCCUCAUGUAUGGACCUCCUGGUACUGGCAAGACACUGCUUGCCCGUGCUUGUGCUGCACAAACUAAUGCUUGUUUCUUGAAGCUUGCUGGUCCUCAGCUUGUACAAAUGUUUAUUGGCGACGGUGCAAAGUUGGUUCGUGACGCAUUUAACCUUGCUAAAGAAAAGGCACCUGCCAUCAUUUUCAUUGAUGAGAUUGAUGCCAUUGGUACCAAGCGUUUUGACUCUGAAAAAUCAGGAGAUCGUGAGGUCCAGCGUACCAUGUUGGAGCUUCUUAAUCAGCUCGAUGGUUUCAGCAGUGAUGAUCGUAUCAAGGUUAUUGCUGCCACCAAUCGUAUUGAUAUUCUCGAUCCUGCGCUUUUGCGUUCUGGUCGUCUGGAUAGAAAAAUUGAGUUUCCACAUCCUAACGAAGAAGCUCGCGCAAGAAUCAUGCAGAUUCACUCGCGUAAAAUGACAGUCUCUCCAGACGUCAAUUUUGAUGAACUGGCGCGAUCUUGUGAUGAGUUUAAUGGUGCCCAAUGCAAAGCCAUUUGUGUCGAGGCUGGUAUGAUUGCUCUCCGUCGUGGUGCUUCUGAAAUCCAACACGAAGACUUUAUGGAAGGUAUUCAGGAAGUCCAAGCUAAAAAGAAAACAACACUGCAGUACUAUGCAUAAAACAAAUUUAAACGUUUUU